AUGGUGAAAAAGGCCGGUCAAAAACGGAAGAAAGCCGAGAAGGCCAAGACUCAACUCAAAACCUCGGGAAAGCCGCAGAAAAAGGGGCGGAAAAUCCGGGGUAAAGGGGCUAACGAGACCAAAUUUGACGUGAAAACCAAAGUGAUUGCCUUGCAUAAAACUUCUGAAGUGACAAUUUCAUCGACCCCCGCCCCUGAGACGCCGGUCUUCACCGGAAAACUACCCAGUCUUAAGGAAAAUACCCAUCGACUUACCAAUACCAAUGCCACGGUUCGAUUAGAAGCCGUUCGAGCCUUGAUCCAAUUGAUGCGACGUCGUCAAGAAUUACCCGCCUUACUUGAAAUCACUACAUUCUUACCCAAGAUUUUGCCCAUUCUCUCCGACUCGGACCGUGAUGUUCGAACCGAAGUCGCUAAAUUGUUAAGAGUUCUGAUGGAAGAGUCCGACGAUUUCCAAACGGAACCCGUCCAACGAUUGCUAACCGCCCAUCUGUGUUGUUCUUUGUCCCACAUUGAUCCUUCCGUGGCUCGACACAGCCUGAAAGUGUUGGAUUCGGUGAUAGAUCUCUGUCCAAAUGUUGUGGAACAAUCGUUUGAAAAAAUAGUGACCUCUACUUUAGCCCAAUUGGGCCAGAAGCAGAAUAGCCAGAGCUCAAAUGGAACAGUCACCUCAGGUCCAUCGUUCAGUGGAACUUUAGAUCAAAACGUCAGCCAUAACGAAUGGCGCUUGGCUGUAUUAACGCGAUUAGAUCAAAUGCUGAGUAUUGUGGCUGAGUCUUCAAUACCGACGACCUUGCUAAGAGUAGAAAGGGAAUUGGAAGAAUCCAGUUUCCAGCCGUUCCAGGGACUGUUUGCCACCAAGUCUUAUUAUCAGAGUGGGAUGACAUUGUUGGACGUAAUGGCACCGUUUAAGACUACGGACUUGAAUACCUCAGACGAGAGUGGAUCUACUCUGAUUACCCGAAAGAUUAUUGGACUCUUAUCCGAGGUUCUCUCCGAAAUCAAAAGCGGAUCUUGGAAUGAAAGAGGUGGAAUGAACUCUUCAAGUCUGGAUGCUAUCCUCGAGGAUAGUUUGGCCAAAGUUGCCUCAGUACUGUAUCAUUUGGAACAAAUCUACAUGAAAGAGAGCUUGAGUUACCCACCUAUGUUUGUCGAACAGCUCUUGAACGCUUAUCCAUUUUCAUUCACCGAUAAACCGAAGGAGUUAAAGGCCAAUUUGAUGCUCGGAUCAUUGAUGAUACAACAAGUGGAGCAACAUUCCAGUGAUUAUGAAGAGACCUCUCAAAAGUUGGCUAAGAUUGUCCAUGGUACUUUGUCUGGAAAGCUCCUCUCCGUGUGCAAAGACUUCCAAUUGUUGGAGAAUGUGCUCAAGACAUUACUUGCGGAUGAAAGGAUCAAUCUAGAUGAAACGGCCGACGCCUUUCUCCAAGCCUUGCUUCGUUUCAAUCAUGAAGAAAGCCUGAGCAGAAUUGCCGUGCAUUUGUUGCAACAAAAUUGUUUGGAAUCGCAGAGGAUUUGGCCCUGGAUUGAGACCUUGAAAGACGGUUCCAUAAACGAUUUCGAGGCCCAAGCUAUCACCAUUCUCCGAAAACGUAACCAACUUCCAAGUUCGAUGUUAGUUGAAUCGUGAGAAAUGAAAUAAAAGCAAGCGAGAUCUAUA